AGGAGAAGUCCGUUUCCAACCCACACUAACCUUCUGGUGUUUGGAGAUCCGAAGAUGCCUGAGCCCGCGAAGUCCGCUCCCGCCCCGAAGAAGGGCUCCAAGAAGGCCGUGACCAAAGCGCAGAAGAAGGAUGGCAAGAAGCGCAAGCGCAGCCGCAAGGAGAGCUACUCGGUGUACGUGUACAAGGUGCUGAAGCAAGUACACCCCGACACCGGCAUCUCCUCCAAGGCCAUGGGCAUCAUGAACUCGUUCGUGAACGACAUCUUCGAGCGCAUCGCGGGCGAGGCAUCUCGCCUGGCGCAUUACAACAAGCGCUCGACCAUCACGUCCCGGGAGAUCCAGACGGCCGUGCGCCUGCUGCUGCCCGGGGAGCUGGCCAAGCACGCCGUGUCCGAGGGCACCAAGGCGGUCACCAAGUACACCAGCUCCAAGUGAUCGCGCCAAGAGGAGUAGACCUGACAUUGUUCCUACCACUCAUCAGUGCUGGAUGCUGUAUCCUCGAGACAGUGGAAAUGGGUGAUACUAGCAGAUUAACCACCGUAUUUUCAAAGCUCAAGGAACAACUGAUAAGCAUCUGGCUAGAAAUUCUAUAAAAAUGUUCACUGUAGAAAUUUGUGAUAAGAAAGACACACAUAAGUAGAAAAUUAAAAUGCUCUUAGACAAAUUAAAAUGCUCCUAGCAAAAGAAAACUUUUAAGUGUUUGUGAUGUGUGGAUAUAUAUGUGAUGUGUAUAUAAUAAAUAUGUCAUGGAAAGUAAAAA